UACCAGUUAGCUAGGGUUUCGAAGUGUUGCUUCUCUGCUUUCUGCUGCAACUGGAAGAAAAACCGAAAAAAGCGCUCGCCUUGCUUUUGCUUUUCGCUGCGCAACCAUGAUUAUUCCAGAGAAGAACCGUAGAGAAAUCUGCAAAUACCUCUUUCAAGAGGGAGUUUGCUAUGCAAAGAAGGAUUUCAAUCUUGCAAAGCACCCCGAGAUCGAUGUUCCCAAUUUGCAGGUGAUUAAGCUGAUGCAGAGCUUCAAGUCCAAGGAAUAUGUCCGUGAGACAUUUGCUUGGAUGCACUACUAUUGGUACCUUACUAAUGAUGGGAUUGAGUUUCUCAGAACUUAUCUCAAUCUUCCAUCAGAAAUUGUACCUGCUACUUUGAAGAAAUCUACAAAGCCCCCUGGUAGGCUAGGUGGCCCACCUGGUGAUCGCCCCCGGGGUCCACCUCGCUUUGAAGGAGACCGUCCAAGAUUUGGUGACAGAGAUGGAUACCGUGGAGGUCCACGUGGUGGUGACUUUGGUGGUGACAAGGGAGGUGCCCCGGCAGAUUUCCAGCCAUCCUUCAGGGGUUCUGGUGGAAGGCCUGCCUUUGGUCGUGGCGGUGGAGGCUAUGGUGCUGCGCCAUCAGGUUCAGGUUUUAGUUGAAGUGGGUUGUACUCAAAAUCAUAGAACUAAAAUUUUAUGCCUUUGUUCCUCUAGUAUGCUGUAGCCUCAUUUCAAUAUUGAGCUUGUUAUGAGAUCUACAAUUUUGUAUUUUCGUUUAGUUUGGCCUUUUAUUGGAAAUGGAACUCUGGUCAUUUAUUACUUACCUUUGUAUUAUGACAUAACAUUGUUGCAAUGUCUUGCUCCAUGGUUUAUUCUGGAAAGCA